AUGUACUUAAAAGCGAAAGAUUAUGAUGAACCGUUGCCAAAUGAAGGGCUAGAUCUAGAAUCCCGUUGGAGCUUGAUAUUUGGUGGAGCUUUUAAUGCUUAUGGAAAUGGAAUUGGGGCAGUCAUUGUCACUCCUCAAGGUUCUCAUAUUCCAUUUACCGCAAGAUUGACAUUCACUUGUAUUUACAACGUGGCAGAGUAUGAAGUGUGCAUUAUGAGUCUUGAAGAGGCUAUUGACUUGAGAAUCGAGAUUUUGGAUGUAUAUGGAGAUUCAUAUUUGGUGAUUAAUCAGAUCAAAGGAGAGUGGGAAACUCGUCAUCCUGGUUUGAUUCCUUACAAAGAUUAUGUGAGGAGGCUGUCAUCUUUCUUCAACCUAAUUGAAUUUCAUCAUAUACCUCGUGAGGAGAAUCAGAUAGCAGAUGCUUUGGAAACUUUAUCCUCCAUAAUUAUUGUGAAUCAGUGGAAUGAUGUGCCCAUAAUAAUUGUCAUGCGCCUUGACAGACUUGAUCAUAUGUUUGCUGCAGAAGAGGUCAUUGAUGACAAACCAUGGUAUCAUGAUAUUAAAUGCUUUAUUCAAAGACAAGAGUACCCACCUAGGGCAUCGAACAAAGAUAAGAAGACUCUUAGAAGAAGUGCCAUGAAAGCCAAGUUUAUGGUGAUAAGAUUCAUGUGCCUCCAACUCUUCACAAUGUUAUCUCCUCUACUUGGCUUUUCUCUAUGUGGGGAAUUGACAUGA